UGGGUACGUCUCUAUCUGGAGGCAGGCUGGACAUCUCCCCCACUGGGUGUUGCUGGGUGGAGGCCGAUGCUGUUGGACUGAGAGGAUGUGUCCGACUUCUGGGUGCCCAGGGUGUUGCUGGGGUGCUCAAGAAGAGGUCAGGUUGGCACAGGGAAGGAACCCCGGUGUGGGCAUGCUGAGCCGAGGAUGUGCACAGGUGUGGGAAAGCUGUGCUGGUUUUGCUCCUGGUCUUGGUCCUGGGCUCCUUCAUGGGCUUGGCUGGAGCCUUCAGGAGCCCUUGGGGAUGAUGAUCUCGGCCAUUUGGCAGUAAGGGACAGUGCUGGCCACCGAUGUCCUUGUGGGGGUCUUUCGUUCCUGAUGCCUAUGGUAGUUGCAGGGUCCCUGUCCCUUGGAGACCAUGCAUGGAAUUGUAGGGGGCCCCAGGCCUUGGGGCGCAUGGAUUUUCUAUGAAAAGAAGGAUCAGAAUUUUGCCCAGAAUCCCUGCUCCCCAGCCCUCCUCCAGGGGCUCCAAGUGCAGAUGUGUGCUGUGGGGUGUGUCAGAGCCAGGGCAUGUGCCUCCCUGAGUGUGUAAGAUCUGUGUCUGGGCCACCUGCUGAGCAGGACACUGAGCCCCCUCCCCACACCCUGCCUGUUCAGCAGCUCCAUAUUCCUGUCCCCUCCCCUUCGGAGGCUCCUGGAGACCAUGUCCUCUGCACAGGAGGAGCGCUGGCUCCUUCUAGCUUGGUGGCACCUGCAGCCAGGACCCCAAGUGGGUGGUGGCUGCACCGGGGCCUGGUUACCUGGCUACUGCAGCUCCCCAGUUCCCCCGGGGCACAUCUGGGGCGGCCCCAGGCCUCUCCUCUCUCUUCCCUGGCCCGAGCAUCAGCCCCGUCCCCUGGCACCUUUGUACCUUUAGGGGCGGAGAGGAGGGUGGACCUGGGCCAGCACUCAGCCAAGUCAGCUACGUGGUCACCGAAGCCUGCUCUCCAGGAGCGUGGGCUCUGGCCUUGUGGACAGUCUGGGUAACCAGGCCUGGUCCUCUGUGGGUAAAGGGUUCACCGGGCUCCUGGAAGGGGGUAGCAUCAGCGCUUUGGGUGUGAUCAUCAAGUCGAGGGGCAUAUCUGGGAGGUUCUGGGAGACUUGUAGGCCUGAGGCAGAAGGAGGCCUGGUAACCCAGGCUUCUAGGCUCCCUAUCGGGUGAUGUCAACAGCACCACCCCCAGCCUAUUACUCAGUGGAAAGUGACCGCUAAUGAGACCCCAGGGGGCCCCACAUGUGUCAGUUCUGCACCCCUGCCCCGGGGCUUGUUACCCACGUGUCAGGAAGGGGACAGUGGCUCACCUGCUCCUAAUGCCCCUCACCUGCACCCAUGGGGGUCCCUCGGGCCCUGUGCCCAGGCUGAGCAGACCCCCUGUCCUUACAGUCUCUAGCGCUUUCAAAGGAGCCGUUCUUUUGGGGUUUUGAGACCAGGCCUGGCUGUGUAACCCAGACUGGGCCCGAACCCUCUCCUGUCUCUGCUUCUGCCUGCUGGAGACCAGUGUGUACCAUCAGCUGUGAGCAUGCAAGCCUCUGCCUAAGGGUGACCACAAAAGUGCAGGUUACAAACAUAGCUACCUGGCCAACUUGGGCAGGGACGGGGCUGGGAAUGCACUGCAGACCAAGCCUGGGCACUGCUGCCUUGAACGCACAGGGCUCCCAGAAAGAUGAGUGUGAGCUGGUUGUGUAUCUGCCAUGGCACUGCGUGGCCACUGAUUUACCUGAUCCCUUUGUCCUAGCGCCCUGUCACAAACCCUUUGCUGCCUGUGGCUCCUGGGUCCCUAACACCCUCGCCUAUUUGUCAAGAAAUGAUCUCUAAACCCUGUGGGACAGAUUGUAAUAAUAGCAGACAAAUCAUGGCCCCGAAGGCCUUUUAUAUUCCGUGCCAUCUAGAGUGAAUGAAGGCGGCCUGGAUGGGCCCGGGAGAGCGAGGUUUUCUGGAGCAAAUAGAGGGAGCUCUUAAAAGAGCAGAGGCCGAUUUGCAGGCAUGGACCGGCCACCGCUCAGAGCGUCACCACCGCCACGGUGUGCAGAGUGAGCCCAAGGCCCCUCCUACCACACAGGCUGGAGAGCCCUUAGAGACACAUGUGUGUCCCGGGCUGUCUGGUCCCGUGUGUGGCAAGGCUACCCUCAGCCGUGUCAGUGCGCCUGUUCCGUGUAAGGUGACACCUCGUCCACCCUUCCGGGAUGCUGGAGAAGCCAAGGAGUGAGACAGGCAAGGCUGGAGCCCAAAGUACAGGGCCUGGAUGGGAUUGCAGAGUGGUGGGGUACGCAGCUGAGGCCAGGGCUUGAGUCCUGGCCUCCCCUCACUGCAGACUGGGGUCUUCCCCCCCGUACCCCUCCCCGCUGGAGUCUGUGUCCCCUUCGCUGGGCAGAGCAGAGGGAGCGCCCUCCCCUGCCCGUGCUGUACCCGGCAGCCAGGGAAUCACAGUCCUGCGGCCACUGGGAGCACUUGCCCUGCUCCAUGAGCUUCCCCACCUGCCCUCAAGCCUAGCCAUGCCCCUGCCCUUCUGUCCCCCAGCCUUGUGUGGCAGGAGACCCCAUGUCUCCACCUCUUCCAACUGCCACCUUCUUUCCACUCCAUGUCCUCCAUGUCCCAAAGCCACCAGGAAGUCCUCCCAGUGCAGACUUCUGGGCGCCAGGUUCAGACGCUCCCCAUUUGGCUCUGCAUCCCCAGGCCUCCAGCCAGGACUCCUGCAGUCCCCAGGAAACAGAGCCCGGCUGGAGAGCAGAGGUCCAGGGUGCCAAGCCCACUGAGGUGGCAGUGCUGUCCCCCCUCCUGCCCCUUCCCAGACUCCCUCUCUCCACAGCUCAGGUCCCGGACAGCGAUGAGCAGUUUGUUCCUGAUUUCCACUCAGAGAACUUAGCCUUCCACAGCCCAACCACGCGGAUCAAGAAGGAGCCCCAGAGCCCCUGUGCAGAGCCUGUCCUGUCCUGCAGCAGGAAGCCACCACGGCCCUACCACCAUGGAGACCAGUGCCUCUACUCCAGACAAAUCUCCAUUAAGUCCCCUGCCCCCUGUGCCCCUGGCCAGUCACCCCUGCAGCCCUUCCCUAGGGCAGAGCCCCGGAGUCUCCUAAGGUCCACUGGGCCCAGCCAGCCCCACCCCAGCCACGGGCACCUCGGGGAACACAGCCCUAUCUUCCAGCAGCCCCUGGACAUCUGCCGCUCCUUCACGCCUCCCCAGGGAGGCUCCGGGGACCCCCUGGCAGCCCCCUAUCAGCACCCGCUGCCCGAGCCCUGCCCGCCGUACACACACCAGGGCUUCAAGCAGGAAUACCACGACCCCCUGUACGAGCAGGCAGGCCGGGGCGGGCUCGGCGGGCACAAGUACCCAGGGGCAGGGGUGGUAGUCAAGCAGGAGCAUAUGGACUUCGCCUACGACUCAGACGUCCCUGGCUGUGCCUCGAUGUACCUCCACCCAGAGGGCUUCUCGGGGCCUGUUGCAGGUGACCGGGUCAUGGGGGAUGUCAAGCAGGAGGGGUUUAGUGCCUUCCGAGAGGGGCCGCCCUACCAACGCCGAGGUACCCUGCAGCUCUGGCAGUUCCUGGUGGCCCUGCUGGAUGACCCCACAAACGCCCACUUCAUUGCCUGGACCGGCCGGGGCAUGGAGUUCAAGCUGAUAGAGCCAGAGGAGGUCGCCAGACUCUGGGGCAUCCAGAAGAAUCGGCCGGCCAUGAACUAUGACAAACUGAGCCGCUCACUGCGGUACUACUACGAGAAGGGCAUCAUGCAGAAGGUGGCUGGGGAGCGCUACGUGUACAAGUUCGUGUGCGAGCCCGAGGCUCUGUUCUCACUGGCCUUCCCGGACAAUCAGCGGCCAGCUCUGAAGGCUGAGUUUGACCGGCCAGUCAGUGAGGAGGACACGGUCCCUUUGUCCCACCUGGAUGAGAGCCCUGUCUAUCUCCCGGAGCUGGCUGGCCCCGCCCAGCCCUUUGGCACCAAGGGCAGCUACUCAUACUAGCAGCCACACUGCCCGCCCCAGUGGGUGCUGCCCAUAAACACAGCAAGGAAGCUGAGCUCACGGCCUGGGGCAAACCCCACUUACCCCCGGAACUGCCAGCCCACACAGAGCACGGAUGAAGGGCCAGCUCUAAAGGAGGGUCGGAGCAUCUUAUGCAUCCUGGGGACCAAAGGGGCCUGGGGUCCCCUGAGCUUCCCACUCUCCCAAACUCUGCCCUACCUAGGCUGUGGCCCUGGAGGGUGCAGCCCAUCAGUUCUUGGUGCUGUCUGGGGUGGGGCAGGUCCCUAGGGUGCUGGAUGGGGGGAUGGGCUCCUCCUCUGCGCCCAGCAACCUUAAUAAAGGCCCUGCCUCCCUUCGAGUGUC